AUGAAGUGGGUGAUGAGGUUCAAGAAGAAAGGCAAGUUGAGCCCUCGGUACAUUGGGCCAUUUAAGGUCCUGGAAAGGAUUAGUCUAGUUGCCUAUCGAGUGGUGUUACCCCCAACAUUGUCUAGAGUUCAUAAUGUUUUCAACGUAUCAGUGUUGAGGAAGUAUGUGCCAGAUCCUUCGCACAUGAUAAGUUAUGUGCCUGAUCCUUUGCACAUGAUAAGUUAUGUGCCUUUGAAUAUCAGGGAUGCUCUGGCAUACAAGGAGGUACCAGUUCAGAUUAUGGAUCAAAAAAUACAAGAACUGUGUACUAAGGAUAUACCGUUAAUGAAGGUGCUGUGA